AUAAUGUGCAUGUAUAUAUGACGAGACUCCUAUAUAAAUAGAGAAUGGCAUCCAAAAGGUCUUAUAUUUUCUUCAUUAAGCAUCAAAAAAACCCUUGUUACAAAAAAAAAAAACCCUUCAACGUCUUCUUCAUUCUUCAUCUAAAACAAUGGCGGCAGUUGCCUUUGGUUCUUUUGAUGAUUCUUUCAGCUUGGCUUCUCUAAGAGCUUACCUCGCUGAGUUCAUCUCCACUUUGCUCUUUGUCUUCGCUGGUGUUGGUUCCGCCAUUGCCUACGCGAAACUGACGUCUGAUGCGGCUCUUGAUACGCCGGGACUUGUCGCCAUCGCUGUGUGCCAUGGUUUCGCUCUCUUCGUGGCGGUUGCAAUCGGAGCCAACAUCUCCGGUGGCCAUGUGAACCCAGCCGUCACUUUUGGCCUUGCUCUCGGUGGUCAAAUCACACUCAUUACCGGAGUUUUCUACUGGAUCGCUCAGCUUCUCGGCUCCACCGCCGCUUGCUUCCUUCUUAAGUUCGUUACCGGUGGCUUGGCGGUUCCAACACACAGCGUUGCGGCUGGAGUAGGAGCCAUUGAAGGAGUUGUGAUGGAGAUCAUCAUCACCUUCGCUUUGGUCUACACAGUCUAUGCCACCGCCGCUGAUCCCAAGAAAGGUUCUCUUGGAACCAUUGCUCCUCUGGCCAUUGGUCUUAUCGUUGGUGCCAACAUCCUCGCCGCUGGUCCAUUCUCAGGUGGAUCCAUGAACCCAGCACGUUCCUUUGGACCAGCUGUUGCAGCUGGAGACUUCUCUGGUCACUGGGUCUACUGGGUGGGACCACUCAUCGGUGGUGGACUCGCUGGACUUGUUUACGGAAAUGUCUUCAUGCCUUCUUCAGAACAUGUUCCUCUUGCCUCUGAAUUCUAAGCAGAAAAUGCAGUGACUCUUGUUUGAUUUCUUCGUCUCUCGAUAUGUUGCUUUGUUUGGUGUUUGGUGUUUGGUUCGGUUUCGUUGUAUGAAUAUCAUUUAAUGGAAGCCUGUUUGGUUAUUAAUUAAUAAUUAUAUAUAACCAUUCGGUUGGA